AUGGCCGGCGCUGACGAGCGGAGCAACAGCGUGGCUGGGAAGGAGUUGGACACGAGCGGUGGCGGCGGCGCGAGCUCCCAGUACGACGGGGAUCAAAGCCGUCUGCUGUCGCCGAAGAAGCGGCCACGCGGCCCUGGCGACCUCCUCCUCCACGGACGCGUCGAUUUCGCCGCCCCAAGCUCUGCAGCAGGUCCGUCUAACUAUCUGUACCCUACACAUGAGCACUCGCUGUACAAGUACAACCGCAGCGCCGUGUCGUCGUUCGCGGCGCCCAACGCUAAGGUCGAGAACAUGAUGAGGCGGAUGAACUACGAGCCGGGAUCCGGCCUCGGCAAGUACGGGCAGGGCAUCGUCUCGCCAAUCAAGGUGCCCGAACGACCAAAGCACCAUGGCCUUGGCACCGUCGGUGCCGAGAAGGAAGGAACACCGUAUGACAACGGGCUUCCCAGCACCGACCCGUGGACGGACAAUUGGGGAGAUGGCUGGAAAGCAAAGAAAAGCUAUCAACCGCGGCACCAGGACUUCGAAUGGGGCGACGCCGAUGGAUCCCGGAAGCAAGGCCGGGAGUUCUGCGAGGAGAUCCUCGCCAAAGUGCAUCAGCAAUGGGAAGCAGCCCUCACUAGGCAGGAUGAUCAGGAGACGCUGGAGCUGGUCACCAAGGCUACUAUAACUGAGGCGGUGGCCGUGAUCCACGAGAAAAGCACCACGGGGGAGCUGGCGGCGGGUGACGUGAUCUGGGAGUUCACUUGGCUGAAGGAGAGGUUCCCGGAGGAGUACAAGAUGCACCGCAUCGCGAAUGCAGCGGGCGCGAUCGUGGCGCCGCUGGUUCGCCCCAUGCUCCAGAAAUGGCAGCCGCUGCUGGAUCCCACGCUCUGGCUGGAGGUGGCUGCCAUGCUCAAGAACACGAUGGACGACGGCUCGGCCACGUCGCCGUACGCCGCGCUGAUCAACGACACCGUGGUUCCGGCCCUGAAGGUGUCGGGAUGGAAGGCUACGGGCCCCGAGGGGAUGCUCCGCUUCCUCGAGCCGUGGGAGGACAUUCUGCCCCAUUCCACCAUGCAGCGCAUCCUGGAAGAAGUCGUCAUGCCGGAGCUGACGGCCAUUGUGGAUUCAUGGGACUCGCAGAGCUGUUGGGAUCCCACCUGCUGCCACCCUCAGGUGUGCCCGUGGGUCCGGCUUGCAGGCCCACUGCUGGAGGGCCUGUACGCCACCGUGAGGCGCAAGCUCCAGGAAGGGCUGCGGGGAUGGGACACCGGCUCCGCCUUGGCAUCCAACUACGAGAGGGUGUCCCCGUGGAAGGCCAUGUUCAGCCCGGCAACCUGGGAUGAGUUCAUCGACGAGAUCGGCGUCGUGCCCAGGAUGGCGCAUGCGCUGCUGGAGCUCCGGAUCACGGCGCCGAGGCAGGACGAUGACUCGUUCGAGAAGAAGAUCAUGAAGUGGGCGCCGCUAGUGCGCCACGAGGACAUGGUGGAGCUUCUGGAGGCCUACUUCUUCGACAGGUGGCAGAAAGCGCUGCGCCACUGGCUGGUGUCUGCGGGACGCCCUAGCGGGGAAACCAUGGAAUGGUGUAGAGGCUGGAAGCGCCUCUUCACGCUGGAGCUUCUCGCCGAUGACCGCGUGCUUGCGCGUCUUGAGGAGGGCGUCGACAUGGUCAACCGUAUGGCCGAGGGGAAGAGCAUCCUCUAG